CGCGACCAAGAGACGUUGCUAGAGACGAGAGCUACAUGUAUAAAGCUACGGCAACUCAGUUCAUCUUCAGACCGCGGCCAAGAACGACGUGUUUCUCCGGAAGAGAACACCAGUGGCAUCAGACGUGUGAUCCCGUGUGUGACGCGAGUAACUUUACGACUUGUCAGUGAUAGAUGGUAACGGAUCAACCGGGAAAGGUCGUGUUUACUUGUUGGAGGCGUUGACGAAGGGAUUUUGGUUGAUUUACAGCAGAUUGAUUAAAUAGUUUACCAGAAUGGAAGAAGAGGCUCAUAUGGUGGAAGAAUUUGACGUGGAUCCUUUUCCCUCCAUGACAACACCUCCGACGACCAUGGAUCAGAGUUACAGCACAACAAAAUCUUCCACCACCACCAUACUGACCAGCCUCAUUACGGAAGCAGCGAAGAUUCUAAGUUCCACCGCGGCAUCCACCAGCACACCGUAUUCCUCUACCACAGACGACCCGACGACUUUCACCUUCAGCAGCACGAUAGCCGCCUCAACAGCGACUAUGGGCAUACCCGUGCAAGUGGCCGAUAGUGAAGACCUGCUGUUUUCCGUAGUCGAUUAUGUGAUAUUUGCUUCGAUGCUGCUGAUGUCGACUCUGAUCGGCGUCUACUUCGGGUUCCUGUCGAAGGUCAAACAGAACAAUACCAAAGAGUAUCUGCUCGGUGGAAAGACGAUGAACAAGUUUCCCGUCUCGGCGUCUCUGAUUGCCACGCACGUUUCCGGGAUCACACUACUAGGAGUACCGUCGGAGCUUUACGGCCACGGAACACAAUAUUGGCUGUGUAUAAUAUCAGCAUUCUCGGUCACGCUCCUAAUGGAAAAAAUCUACCUCCCGGUGUUCUACGACCUGCAAGUGACAUCGGUAUUCACAUACCUGGAAACACGAUUCGAUCGUACUGUCCGCACGGCUGCAAGCUUCGUCUAUGCUAUAGCUUGCAUGAUCUACAUUCCGAUAGUGGUUUACGUCCCGGCUCUGGCCUUCAGCCAAGUCACCGGAAUAAAUCUCCACUUGAUCACACCGGUGAUAUGCAUCAUCUGUAUCUUCUACACAACCGUGGGUGGAUUGCGUGCAGUCGUUUGGACCGACACCCUGCAGUUUAUUCUGAUGAUUGGAGCAACGUUGGCCAUCAUAUUCCUGGGUAUUGCCAGUGUGGGAGGAUUUUUCGAGGUCUGGGAAGCGGCCGAGCGAGGUGGACGACUGGUGUUCUUCAACAUGAAUCCUGACCCAUUUGUGCGGACAUCAUUCUGGACCGUUACUUUUGGUCUGUCAACCAUGUGGAUUGCCAAUUUGGGCGUGAGCCAAGGUUGCGUCCAACGGUUUCUGGCAGUCCCGGAUCUAAAGGUGGCCAAAAACUCGCUGAUCAUCUUUACCGGUGGAUUGAUUUUCAUCAAAAGUUGUUCAUGCUUCACGGGACUACUGAUGUACGCAAAGUACGAAUCGUGUGAUCCGUACACCAUAAGAAAGAUCAGUAAACUGGAUCAAAUUCUCCCGUACUACGUCAUGGAUGUGGGAGGGAAAAUCCCUGGACUUCCGGGACUCUUCGUUUCGGGAAUCUUCUCAGCUGCACUGUCAACAAUGUCCUCCAGUUUGAACACCCUAGCGGGAACGAUUUACGAAGAUUUCAUCAGACAUCGCUAUCCAAAUUCUAGUGAAAAAACCGCUAGUAACGUGAUGAAGAUUCUAGUUGUGAUACUGGGAGUCAUCGUCAUCGCGCUGGUGUUCGUAGCGGAGAAAAUGGGUCAAGUGAUGCACAUGGCCAUCUCACUAUCGGGAGUCACUUCUGGAACCCUGCUGGGAAUGUUCUCCUCCGGAAUGCUUACAUCAACUAUAAAUACUAAGGGAGUCAUUGCAGGCUCUGUAGUGUCCAUGAUCUCCAUCAGUACGAUCCUGAUCGGUGCUCAGUUGAAUCCAAAGCCACCAUACAUGCCAUUCCGAACCGACGGAUGUGAUGAUAGUCUACUUCAGAAUGUAACAAUCGUUCCUCCAGCACCAAGCACGAUUCAAGAUGAUGUCCCCCAUGUCUUCAAGUUGAGCUUUAUGUAUUAUUCACUUUUCGGAGUUAUCAUUUACUUUGUGGUGGCUUACGUUGUCAGUAUUAUGACGGGCGGAGGGGAGAUUACCGAUCAGCGAUUGCUAGCUCCUUUCCUGCGGGAUAAGAAGCAGUACGAGAAGGAACAAGCUCGGAGAAAGCACAACAUCCAGUAUGCGGAAAUUGAUCUGGCAAUGAAGGAACUGCAGAAGGCUUCCGAUGGGAAACAGUGAACUGUAUGGCGGAUGUUUUAAGGUCAAUUCUGUGCUUGUCUAUUUGUAACAAAAUGAAUUAUGAAACCUAAUGGGCGACCCCGGCGUAGUGGUUAGAAUCCAUACCUCUCACGCCAAAAUCACGAGUUCAAAUCUCAUCCCAGACAAGUCACGAAUGACCCAAGAGCGUUAAAGUGACGACUAUAAUAACAAAUAAAAAAAAAUCAGCAAGUCGAAUAAUAGGGGAAAUGUAUGUAAUGUCGGCCUAAGUGACCCUAAUUUGAGUGCAUACAUAAAUUCAGCAAUCGACUAAAUUUUCAAUAGCAACCAAAAAUAUCCAUUAGUACCGUCCCAUUGACAUUGACGCGUUCAUCUAGAUACAAUUGAUAAAUAGCAAA